AUGUCUGAGGGCGGCAGUUGGAGCGACGUGGCAUUGAGGCUGGACGCGAAAGUCCUCAGGCCGGGGAUCACGCCGGAGGAGAUGGCGGCCGGCUACGACGAGUGUUCCGAGAACUACGAGGAGAUGGUGAUCUGGAAAGGCGAGUACCGUGGCCCCGCCAUCACGCUGGAGGAGGCGCUGCGUUGGGUACCCCCGGAGCGGCGAGCCAAGGCCAGGGUGCUGGACGUGGCCGCCGGGACGGGCUGCGUGGGCCGCGAACUCCACCGGGAAGGCUUCAGGCACAUAGACGCUGUGGACCCGUCGGAGGGCAUGAUGAAGCAGCGGGAGACUGGCAUCUAUACCAACGACUUCCUAGAGUUUAUCGGCAGCGGACACUCCACCGUGCCCAAAGACACAUACGACCUGGUGGUCAUCUCGGGCGGUAUGGGCGAAUGUCACAUCCCACUCAAUGGCCUCGACGACCUGGUGCGCGUCGGGACAUACGAGGUUUCCAGUUGA